AUGGGCAACUGUGGCUCCCAGGAGGACCGCUCUGGCAAAGAACGCAGCGAUGCCAUUGACCGACAACUCGAGGAGGAUAGUAAAAAGUUCAAGAAAGAGGCGAAGAUAUUGCUACUUGGCAGCGGCGAGUCGGGCAAGUCAACCAUUGUCAAACAGAUGAAGAUCAUUCACCUUGACGGAUACACACACGACGAGCUCGUCGCAUACCGACCCACAAUCCAUAAGAACGUUCUCGAUUCUGUCCAGACCGUCAUUCUCGCCAUGCGGAAAAUCGGAGUCGACCCCGUACGGUUCUCCAAUCGAGCUUUGACCGAGAAAGUCCUCGACGCCGCUUCUGCAACCGACACACCAGCAUUCCUUUCACCCGAAAUCGCAGACGCUAUUCACCAGCUUAUGCAAGACCCCAUAAUAACGAAGAUUCUCGACGAGCAUGCCAGCGAGUUCUACCUCAUGGACAGCGCAAACUACUUCUUCACGGAUGUACUCCGGAUAGGCGCACCAGAGUAUGUGCCAACGGAGACGGACGUGUUGCGGGCACGAGCCAAGACGACCGGCAUCUCAGAAACGCGGUUUAACAUGGGUCAACUAGCUAUUCAUAUGUUUGACGUUGGUGGACAGCGAUCAGAACGAAAGAAGUGGAUCCAUUGCUUCGAGAGCGUCACAAGCAUCAUCUUCUGCGCCGCUUUAAGCGAGUACGACCAAGUGCUGCUUGAAGCACAGACGCAGAAUCGAAUGCAAGAGUCGCUAGUUCUUUUCGACUCUGUGAUCAACUCGCGGUGGUUCUUGCGGACAUCAAUCAUCCUUUUCCUCAACAAGAUCGAUGUGUUCAAAGCAAAAUUGCCCAAGGUGCCACUGAACAAGUACUUCCCGGAGUAUAUCGGCGGCCAACCGGGCAAGACUGAGCGUGUACCCACACCUGACGCAAGCAACGGACACGUCGAAUAUACGACUGGUCUUCGCUGCGGUCAAGGAAACGAUCCUACAGAACGCCUUGAAGGACUCUGGGAUCUUAUAAUUUGUCUCGCUUGUUGUGUUAACUUUUUUAUUUUUUCUCCCAUCUGUUGUUUGUCGCUCGCAUCUACCCUCAUUUGUAUCACCACCACCCCACAUUGCAUCUUCUCCCAGCGUAACCUUAACCCCCCUUGA